AUGGAGGAAAACCCUGUUAGAGACGUCGAGACUGGUAGUGAAACUGGAGGAGAGGAGGCCUUGGUGGGAAAUGUGAACAAGCUGAUGGUGAGCCCACCAGGUUACUCCGGACCUCCGCGAAAAGGACAUCUGCUUUUUGAUGCUUGCUUUGAGAGUGGGAACCUCGGCCGGGUCGACUACAUCAGUGAGUUUGAGUUUGACCUCUUCAUCCGCCCCGACACCUGCAACCCCCGCUUCAGAGUCUGGUUCAACUUCACAGUGGAGAACGUCCGUGAGACACAGAGAGUCAUUUUCAACGUGGUCAACUUCUCCAAGACCAAGAGCCUGUACAGAGAUGGCAUGUCUCCUGUCGUCAAGUCUACCAGCAGGCCCAAAUGGCAGAGGCUUCCUGCCAAAAACGUGUACUACUACCGCUGCCCUGACCACCGGCGCAACUAUGUCAUGUCCUUCGCCUUCUGUUUUGACCGAGAGGACGACGUAUACCAGUUUGCCUACUGCUACCCCUACACCUACUCCAGACUGCAGCACUACCUGGCCAGUCUGGAGCGCAGAAACCUGCCCUACCUGCAGAGGGAGCAACUGGGACUCAGUGUGCAACAACGGCGUCUCGACCUGUUAACCAUCACCAACACUGAACAUCUGAGUCCAGAGAGGGAGAAGAAGCUGGUCUUUCUUACAGCUCGUGUUCACCCUGGAGAGUCUCCUGCCUCCUUUAUUUGUCAAGGUGUGAUCGACUUCCUGGUAAGCCAGCAUCCCGUGGCUCAGAUCCUAAGAGAUCAUGUGAUCUUCAAGAUCGUCCCCAUGCUAAAUCCUGAUGGAGUCUACCUGGGCAACUACAGGUGUUCUCUGAUGGGUUUCGACCUGAAUCGCCACUGGCAGGAUCCCUCUCCAUGGGCCCACCCCACACUGCACGCUGUCAAACAACUCAUAGUGCAGAUGAACCAAGACCCGAGAGUUAGUUUGGAGUUCUACAUUGAUGUUCACGCCCACUCCACCAUGCUGAAUGGCUUCAUGUACGGCAAUGUGUUUGAGGACGAGGAGCGCGUCCAGAGACAGGCUGUUUUUCCCAGACUGUUGUGCCAAAAUGCACCAGACUUCUCCUUUUCCAACACGUCCUUUAACCGGGACAUGGUGAAGGCCGGUACCGGGAGACGGUUCCUCGGUGGUCUCCUGGAUGACACGUCCUACUGCUACACUCUGGAGGUUUCCUUCUACAGCUACAUGGCGGCUGGCAGCACCGCUCCCGUGCCGUACACUGAGGAGACAUACACCAAACUGGGCAGGAAUGUUGCUCGAACCUUCCUGGAUUACUACAAACUCAACAACCUCAUCAAGGACAACAGACCAAUUCACAUUCAAAGCUCUGAGGUGACAGGCGAUGAUAACAAAAAGGGCAACGGUGUUGGCAGAGACGCAGCAGACAGAGAAAGGGAGAAGAGCCAGGGUGUCAGGCACUAGACAAUCAGACAGAAGGAC